UGAGUCUGCGGCUCCCGCGGGACGCGGGGACGCGGCCGCCCUGUGCAGAGGCACCACGUCACAAAGUGCUGCAGCCAGUACCCCCGCGCUCCCCUUCAGCCCCUCACUCUCCACAGCAUGUCCCACUCCUCUUUUUUGCCCCUUUUUCUGACUCUGCUUCUCCAAAUGGCUGAGUGUGGGGACCAGGAGAUGGGAGCGCAGAUGGCACGCUGCCUGAAGGAAGUAAAUUUGAUUUGAUAUCUCCUUAAUCCGUUUGCAUUUCUACUGCUUAUUUAAUAUCUUGAUAUUUUCUCGUGUAAUUUUGGAAGAUUUCAGGGGGCGUUUUCUUUUUGUGUGUGGGGGGGGAGGGUUCUUUCUUAGGGGACUUAAAGUUGGCCGAUGCCUUCUUUAGCUUUUGAUUUAAAAAACUGGGAUUUAGUCAUCUUUUCGUGCAGAAGGGAAAGAAACCAAAGCUUAACGGCCUUUAGAAAGGAAACAGCCCUGUUUAUUUUUCAUUCUUAACUCAAGCUGUCGUCGUUAGCACCUUGCACUGAGCACAGACGCAGCUGCAGAAGCACUUCGUUGCAGAGUACGCUGCGUCUACACAGGAUUUGUGCCCGAGCAUCAAAAGACAGUGCAGGUGUAUAUGGAUGCGGGAGUGCGUGUGCGUACGUGAUGUACGUGUGUGCGUGUGUGUACGUGUGUGUGUGGCCCAACAAAUAACCCCAAGAGGCGCAUCAGGAUCAGAAAGAACCCCACAUACUAUCGAUGGCCUAGGAAAUUUCCUAAAGCUCUUAGUUUGAAAUUAAACUGAGUUAGCAAAAUCUCUAGUAUCAGAAAAUCAUCUUUGCAGAGAGAGGCUCCUUUCUCCGUGCUCUCCUGUCCCCCAAAACAGGUGUCGCUGUGUCUCGUGAACCCAUCUCUCGCUGGCUGGGGCGUCCGAAGUGAUGAGAUUCACCGAGGGCACUUGGUGGAGAUUUCAGGGGCCCCACGUGUGCAGACUAAACCCCAGGGCCUGGGUGUGUGCGCGCUCCCGUGCGGUGUGAGCAGGCGGGCAAGGGGGCGCUCGGCUCAUUGGCGUGCGCGUGUGUGUGCGUGAGUGUGUGCUCACGCGCCCUAGGCUGCGCGCAGAGCUCAGCUGCUGGGUUGGAGAGAAAGAGAGUAGGCAAGUGCAGGGGACAGGAGGCUGAGCGGGGAGGGGGGGGGGGGGAGAUGUCGAAUUAAUAGAGCUGCUUUAGCUGUUUUCCCUUUCCCGUUCUCGCUCGUUUAAACCCCACUACAACGUAGGGAUAGGGGGCUGGAUUCUCCGUUGAGCUGAUGGAGGAGGGGGAACAAGUUGAAACAAUCGAGUGGGCGCGCCAGGACUCCCCGGCUCCAGGCAGGGAGGGGAGAGGGAGCCCCUGUUCCGCGCCAGGAGGGGGCGGGGUUGGGGGGGCCCCAGGAACCGCGAGGAGGCGGGGGUGGCUGCGGGGACGGACAAGUGGUCACCCCCAGGAGGCGAGAAUUCGUUUGGAUUGUACAUUAAUUGGAGAUAUCUGAUUAAUUCCAGUUUCUGAUGACUAUAAAUGGCGAUCUCUACCAAGGUGUCUUUAUUUAAAAAAAAAAAAAAAUCAUUCCGUGUCAUCCCCCACGUCAGGCCUGCUCGUGGGCGUGAGGCUGUACUUCCUCCGCCCCCUCCUAAUGGAGUGAACCAUUCCCAGCUCUUCCCCCUCUCUCUCUCAGCCUCUCUCUCUCUUUCUCUCUCUCUCUCUCUCUUCCUCGCUCCCUCUCUUUCUCUCCUCCCUCUGCCUUCCCCGUGCAUAAAGUCUCCGUCGCUCUUGGAACUUGUUGGCAAUGCCUAUUUUUCAGCUUUCCCCCGCGUUCUCUAAACUAACUAUUUAAAGGUCUGCGGUCGCAAAUGGUUUGACUAAACGUAGGAUGGGACUUAAGUUGAACGGCAGAUAUAUUUCACUGAUCCUCGCGGUGCAAAUAGCGUACCUGGUGCAGGCCGUGAGAGCAGCGGGCAAGUGCGAUGCGGUCUUUAAGGGCUUUUCGGACUGUUUGCUCAAGCUGGGCGACAGCAUGGCCAACUACCCGCAGGGCCUGGACGACAAGACGAACAUCAAGACCGUGUGCACAUACUGGGAGGAUUUCCACAGCUGCACGGUCACAGCCCUUACGGAUUGCCAGGAAGGGGCGAAAGAUAUGUGGGAUAAACUGAGAAAAGAAUCCAAAAACCUCAACAUCCAAGGCAGCUUAUUCGAACUCUGCGGCAGCGGCAACGGGGCGGCGGGGUCCCUGCUCCCGGCGCUCCCAGUGCUUCUGGUGUCUCUCUCGGCAGCUUUAGCGACUUGGCUUUCCUUCUGAGCGCGGGGCCGGCUCCCCCCCGCGCGCCCACCCACACUCACUCCAUGCUCCCGGAAAUCGAGAGGAAGAUCCAUUCGUUCUUUGGGGACGUUGUGAUUCUCUGUGAUGCUGAAAACACUCAUAUAGGAUUGUGGGAAAUUCCGAUUCUCCUUUUGAUUUCGUUCGAUUUCUUGUGUUUUAUUUGCCAAAUGUUACCAAUCAGUGAGCAAGCAAGCACAGCCAAAACCGGACCUCAGCUUUAGUCCGUCUUCACACAAAAAUAAGGAAAACGGCAAACCCACCCCAUUUCUUUUUUAAUUUUUAUUUUUUUGGCACAAGAAUCUCAGGAACGGCCCUGGGCCACCUACUAUAUUAAUCAUGUUAAUACAUGACAAAUGAUGGGCUCCUCCUAAUAGCAAAGAGAGGAGAGGAGAAGGCCAGGGGAAUGAAAUCAAGAGAGAUGUCCGCGAGGAAGGCAUAUGGUGAAUAACUCACGCUCACGUCUUUCUUCCACAGUAUCUUGUUUUGAUCAUUUCCACUGCACAUUUCUCCUCGAGGAAAGUGAAAGGACAGAUCGUUGACUUUGUGUUUUAAGGAUAGGAGGGAGAGAGGGAAAGGAUUGAGGAAAUCUCGGGGGUAUAGGUAAAGGCUGCCAGAAGAAUCGUUGCUAAAGUCACUGAGAGGUUAAGCUUUACCUGGUGUUGUUGAUGCAUCUUUCCAAGUCCACUGCCUUUAUUUUCCCUCUCGUUUUAGCUGUUACACAUACGGUAAUACCUGAAUAUCCAACGGUAUAGAUCACAGGGGGGGAUGUUAAAUGUUAAUCUAAAAUAUAGUUAAAAAAAGAUUUUGACAUAAAAGAGCCUUGAUUUUAAAAAAAAAAGAGA